ACUAGAAGCAGGAAGGUAGCUGGGGCAGCAUCUGGGACCCCUCCCACACUGCCUUCCUUGAUCUGUUAUACAUUUUCAGCUAAGGGAGUGAGGACAACAAAAGGUUAAAUUCCUCAUAUAAGAUUAAUUCAGCCGUCUCUGUGAAAUGGUGGAGGCAGAAUACCAUUAGACUCUCUAAUCUCAUUCCUCUCGUGCUGUCUUCCUUGGAGCCUAUCAAACAGUGUCCUGGCAGAGAGUCAGUUCUGUGGAUGCUAAACAUCAGAGCUGGUGUCUUUCCGAAUUUACCAAGAGGGCUGUAAUUUAGAAAAUGUAGCCUCCUUGUAAGGAAGGAUGAAAAGCUCUGUCUCGGAAGACCUAGGCUGUAGACGUGGGGAUUUCAGUAGGAAACAUUAUGGAUCUGUGGAGCUGCUUAUUUCCAGUGAUGCUGAUGGAGCUAUCCAGAGGGCAGGCAGAUUCAGAGUGGAAAAUGGCUCUUCGGAUGAGAAUGCGACUGCUCUGCCAGGUACUUGGCGAAGAACAGACGUGCACUUAGAGAACCCGGAAUACCACACCAGAUGGUAUUUCAAGUAUUUUUUAGGACAAGUCCACCAGAAUUACAUCGGAAAUGAUGCAGAGAAGAGCCCUUUCUUCUUGUCAGUGACCCUUUCUGACCAGAACAAUCAGCGUGUCCCUCAAUACCGUGCAAUUCUUUGGAGGAAAACAGGUACKCAGAAAAUAUGCCUUCCCUACAGCCCCACGAAAACUCUGUCUGUGAAGUCCAUCUUAAGUGCCAUGAAUCUGGACAAAUUUGAGAAAGGCCCUAGAGAAAUUUUUCUUCCUGAGAUACAAAAGGACUUGCUGGUUCUUGAAGAACAAGAGGGCUCUGUGAAUUUCAAGUUUGGGGUUCUUUUUGCCAAAGACGGGCAGCUCACUGAUGACGAGAUGUUCAGCAAUGAAAUUGGAAGUGAAGCUUUUCAAAAAUUUUUAAAUCUCCUGGGUGACACAAUCACUCUCAAGGGCUGGACAGGCUACCGUGGCGGUCUGGACACCAAAAAUGACACCACAGGGAUACACUCAGUUUAUACUGUGUACCAAGGGCACGAGAUCAUGUUCCAUGUUUCCACCAUGCUGCCAUAUUCCAAAGAGAACAAACAGCAGGUGGAAAGGAAACGCCACAUUGGAAACGAUAUUGUCACCAUCGUGUUCCAGGAGGGAGAGGAAUCUUCUGCCGCCUUCAAGCCUUCCAUGAUCCGCUCUCACUUUACACAUAUCUUUGCCUUAGUGAGGUAUGACCAACAAAAUGACAAUUACAGGCUGAAAAUAUUUUCAGAAGAAAGUGUACCACUCUUUGGCCCACCCUUGCCAUCUCCACCGGUGUUUACAGAUCACCAGGAAUUCAGGGACUUUUUGCUAGUGAAACUAAUUAACGGYGAAAAAGCCACCUUGGAAACCCCAACCUUUGCCCAGAAACGUCGGCGCACUCUGGACAUGUUGAUUCGAUCUUUACACCAGGACCUGAUGCCAGAUUUGCAUAAGAACAUGCUUAACAGACGGUCUUUCAGUGAUGUCUUACCCGAAUCGCCCAAGUCAGCCCGGAAGAAAGAGGAGGCCCGCCAGGCAGAGUUUGUCAGAAUAGGGCAGGCUCUAAAACUGAAGUCCAUUGUGAGAGGGGAUGCCCCAUCAAGCUUGGCCACUUCAGGGAUCUGUAAAAAAGAGCCUUGGGAGCCCCAGUGUUUCUGCAGUAAUUUCCCUCACGAAGCUGUGUGCGCAGAUCCCUGGGGCCAGGCCUUGCUGGUUUCCACUGACGCUGGCGUCUUGCUAGUGGAUGACGACCUUCCAUCCGUGCCUGUGUUUGACAGAACUCUGCCAGUGAAGCAGAUGCAUGUGCUGGAGACUCUGGAUCUUCUGGUUCUCAGAGCAGACAAAGGGAAAGAUGCCCGCCUCUUUGUCUUCAGGCUGAGCGCUGUGCAGAAGGGCCUCGAAGGCAGGCAGACUGGGAGGGGCCGCUCCGACUGCAGAGAGAACAAGCUGGAGAAAACCAAAGGCUGCCACCUAUAUGCCAUAAAUACUCACCAUAGCAGAGAACUGAGGAUCGUAGUUGCAAUUCGGAAUAAACUGCUUCUAAUCACAAGGAAACACAACAAGCCAAGUGCGAUGACUGGUGUCUCAUUGUUAUCUCCCCUGUCGGAGUCACCUGUUGAAGAAUUCCAGUACAUCAGGGAGAUCUGUCUGUCCGACUCCCCUGCAGUGAUGACCUUGGUGGAUGGGCCAACAGAAGAAAGCGACAACCUCAUCUGCGUGGCUUACCGACACCAGUUUGAUGUGGUGAACGAGAGCACAGGGGAAGCCUUCAGGCUGCACCAUGUGGAGGCCAGCAGGGUUAAUUUUGUUGCAGCUAUUGAUGUGUAUGAAGACGGAGARGCCGGCCUGCUCCUGUGCUACAACUACAGUUGCAUCUAUAAAAAGGUUUGUCCAUUUAAUGGCGGCUCUUUUUUGGUUCAACCUUCUGCGUCAGAUUUCCAGUUCUGUUGGAACCAGGCUCCGUAUGCGAUUGUUUGCGCCUUCCCAUACCUCCUGGCCUUCACGCCCGACUCCAUGGAGAUCCGCCUGGUGGUGAACGGGAACCUGGUCCACACAGCCGUGGUGCCGCAGCUGCAGCUCGUGGCCUCCAGGUCAGAUAUAUACUUCACAGCAGCCGCGACUGUGCCCGAGGUCUCAUCUGGAGGCAGUUCCAAGGGAGCCAGUGCCCACAGUUCUCCUCAGACACCCCCAGGCCGAGAUACUGCAGUAUUUCCUUCUUCCCUGGGGGAAGGUGAAAUUCAGUCAAAAAAUCUGUACAGGAUUCCACUUAGAAACCUAGUCGGCAGAAGCAUCGAGCGACCUCUGAAAUCACCCUUAGUCUCCAAGGUCAUCACCCCGCCCACUUCCAUCAGCCUUGGCAUCGCUGCCAUUCCUGUCACUCAUUCCUUGUCCCUGUCACGCAUGGAGAUUAAAGAAAUAGCAAGCAGGACCCGCAGGGAACUGCUAGGCCUCUCAGAUGAAAGUGGACCCAGGGCAGAAGGAGCACCAAGGGCCAAAUCAAAACCCCGGAAACGGUUAGAAGAGAACCAAGGAGGCCCCAAGCCUGGGACAGUGAGAUCGACUAGCAGUGACAGGAUCCCAUCAGGCUCCUUGGAAAGUCCUUCUACUUCUGAAGUCAAUCCCGAGGCGUGUUACCACUCCACAAGCUCUGACCAGGACCCAGUGGCAGAGAGGGAAGGCAGCCCCGUCUCGGUCUGGGGCAGCAGCCCCUUUCAGCUCACAGCUUCCUCAGAUGAAGACAUUAUUGACUUGAAGUAAACAGUCCAAGUCUUGUUGCCAUCCUUAGUUUUCUUAUGGAGGUUUAUACUCUUUAAACAGUUCUAACAUCAUUUCUCAACAAAAUGUGGCUCCAGCCUGUCAGCGAUCUAUUGGACCAAACUUUCUGCACACUCGGCCAGUUGGGUCACUCUCCAAUGUCCGGUGCCAUCUUUCUUGACCUUUGUUUCUUUUCUUUCAGGAACCAUCAGUCCCUUGUAAUAAAGGUGGUAGAUUUCAUUGAAGUUUUAGAUUGAAACUUUGAAUAAAUCAAAAAUGUUCAUUCUUAUUUACUGCAA